AUGUCGUCUCAAGGAGCUGAAGAUAAUGCGUUCAAGAUAUUAAUUGCGACCGACAACCACAUAGGUUAUAUGGAAAAAGACCAGAUUCGUGGCCAAGAUUCUUUUGCUGCGUUUGAAGAGAUUUUAAGAAUCGCAGUAAUUCAAAAAGUAGAUUUUAUUUUGCUAGGUGGGGAUCUAUUCCAUGAAGCUCAGCCUUCCCAAACGAGUCUUUAUCAAACGAUGAUGCUCAUCAGACAACACUGCUUUGGCGAUGGAGAUAUCAAGCUCAGGAUCGCAAGCGAUCAGUCACUUAACUUUGGAGACUUUUCCAAAGCUAAUUACCUCGAUGGAAACUUGAAUAUUAAGAUACCGAUCUUUUCGAUUCAUGGCAAUCAUGAUGAUGCGUCUGGAAUGGAGAUGUGUAAUCCAUUAAAUGUUUUAUCAGCAGCAGGAAUGGUCAACUAUUUUGGACAUGGUACAAGUAUUUCUGAUGUAACGAUAAAUCCAAUUUUACUUGAAAAGGGAAUAUCGAAACUCGCGUUGUAUGGAUUGGGUAAUAUCCGAGAAGAGAGAUUGCACCGGCAAUGGCGUUCUGGUAAAGUUACUUUUACACGACCUGAAGAUGAUGGUACUUUUGAUAGCUGGAAGAAUUGCUUCAAUAUGUUCGUGCUUCACCAAAAUCGGGCGGCUCAUGGGGCGACAUCCCAUAUUCCUGCAGAAUUUUUAGACGGAUUCCUUGAUUUGGUAUUCUGGGGACAUGAACACGAAUGUCGUAUUUAUCCAGAGCAAUAUGAGAACUUUUGCAUCACACAACCGGGAUCUUCGGUUGCUACAAGUUUGUCUGAGGGCGAAGCAAAACCUAAACACGUCGGUAUUUUAACAAUUGAAGGCGGAACUUAUCAAUUGGACAAGAUCCGAUUGAAAACUGUUAGACCGUUUCAGUUUACAUCGGUUGUGCUUGCCCAAGUCGAUUCAUUAAGACCAAAUGAUAGAGAAAGCACCGAAGUCUACAUAGAAGGUAUUAUUGAAGCCCUUAUUGAAAGGGCUAAAAACGAGUGGGAAGAGCAACAACAAGAGGAUUCGGGAAUUCAGCCUUCUAUGGACAUGCCGAAGCCAUUAAUAAGAAUUAGAGUUGAUUAUACAGGAGGUUAUGAAACAUUUAACCCUUUACAAUUUGGGAGAAAGUUUAAUGAACGGGUAGCGAAUGCAGAUGACAUGUUAAAAUUUCAAAAAGCAAAAGUAGUAAGAAGAAAACCAGUCUUACAAACCGAAAUGUUGAAUGAUUUAACCCUGGCAGUACCAGAAAGGUUGGAUUCUGUCAGAAUCGAGGACUUGGUUAAAGAAUUAAUAAAAACAGACAUGUUUGUCUUGCAAGAAACAGAGAUCGAACUAGCUGUCACGUCAUGCAUCGAAAAGAAUGAUUCAACUUCAAUCAACCGGGCCGUUAAUAAAAUUAUUAGCCAAGCACCGGGAAACUUUGUAAAUAUACCACCAGAUAUCGACGACUUGACACUGGAUUACAUCAAGCGAAAAGCAUCAGAACUUAAACAAAGUCAGAAUAGUGCAUCGGCUAACAAUCCGUCAUCAGCGCCAAUUAUGAACGAUGCAGUAUCACCCAUACUAUCACAGCAAGGUGACACCAAUAAUGACAACAAUAACAACAACAACGAUGAGCCAUCUCCUUUGGCUAGUUCGGACGAUGACUACGAAGAAACAAACACUCCGGUUACUACAGGAAGAGGAAGAGGACAAGUAAGAGGAAGAGGAAGAGGACAAGUAAGAGGAAGAGGAAGAGGUGCAAAGAGAGAUGCAUCCCCUGAUGAUCCUCCCUCAGCUUCAUCUUCACAGCGCCGACGCCUGCCGUUUUGA